AUGACAACAACUACUACUACAACAUUUCAAUCUUUAAUCAAAGUAAAAUACAUUAGAGAUUUGAUAUUCAAUCUUAUAAAUGAUAUAUCAAAUCAAUUGUUGUAUCGACCAGAUUCUUUAAAUGAUGCAUCUGAAAGAAAAGGAAUACCAUUAAAAGGAAGAGAUAUCAUCAAGUUACCACGUCUCGAAAUGAUAUCAAUUUAUGCAAUGCCUUGGAACUUUCUACGUCAUUAUCUAGACAUUGACCAAAUAGGAGUUGGAAGAAGAAGAUUAGCGAUUACUCAAUACUGUCAUCACCCAAAUGCAACAUUGGAUACACUUGAACAUCUUGUAGAAUGGUCUACCGGGUUUGAAUUCAAAUGGAACUAUUUGAGCAAUACACAACUCGUUAAAGUUACGAGAAGAAAUAGGUUUAAUCAAGAGAUAUUGGAAUAUCUAGUCAAGAGAUGCCCUGCUGCUGCCGCUGCUGGCAAAAGUACUAGAGGGUUUAUCGAUAAUGCAUUGGAGGUUGCAUUCGAGAAUGGGUAUCUUUCGACUGUCAAGUUAAUACACCACUCUACCAAAGGUGUAAAAUUCAAUGACAAACAUGUGUAUUUGGCUUGCCAAGGAUCACACAUUGAACUUUUAAAGUAUUUACACGAUAAUCGAUUGAUUAAUGGAAAACAGUGUAAAGAUGCAAUGGAUGAAGCAGCAAAGAAUAGUUUAGAUAUUGUAAAGUUUCUCCAUUUUAAUAGAAGUGAAGGUUGUACAAACAAAGCGAUGGAUAAUGCUGCAUGUAAUGGCCAUUUAGAUAUUGUCAAAUUCUUACAUGAAAAUCGUAGUGAAGGAUGCACAACCAAUGCUAUUGAUAAUGCAUCAAUGAAUGGACACUUGGAAAUUGUAAAGUAUCUUCAGGAACACAGAAGUGAAGGUGCAACAACCAGGGCUAUGGAUUUGGCAGCUAAAGGCCACCUUGAAAUUGUAAAGUAUCUUCAGGAACACAGAAGUGAAGGUGCAACAACCAGGGCUAUGGAUUUGGCAGCUAGCUCCGGCCACUUUGAAAUUGUAAAGUAUCUUCACGAGUACCGUAGUGAAGGAUGCACAACCAAUGCUAUUGAUAAUGCAUCAAUGAAUGGACACUUGGAAAUUGUAAAGUACCUUUAUGAGCAACGUACAGAAGGUGCAACAACCAAUGCUAUGGAUUUGGCAGCUAAAGGCCACCUAAAUGUCGUAAAGUACCUUUAUGAAAAUCAAACAACAACAACAACAACCAUCUCUAUGGAAGAUGGUGUCAUUUUGAAUGCAAGUAUCGAAAUGCUAUCGUAUCUUGUUAACACUGUCAAGGCAAAAUGUACACCAGAUGCUUUGAGAGCAGCAUUGAGUUAUGGUAAAUUGGAUAUUUUCUAUUUUCUUCACGAUCAUUUCUCUGAUGAUAGUUGUGUUUGGUCACCGAUCAUUAUGGAUUGGGCCGCUCACUAUGGCCACAUUGAUGUCGUAAAGUACCUCAAUGAGCAUCGCACAGAGGGUGCAACAACCAGGGCUAUGGAUUGGGCAGCUAGCUCCGGCCACUUUGAAAUUGUAAAGUAUCUUCACGAGCAUCGUAGUGAAGGUGCAACAUCCAAUGCAAUGGAUGAAGCAGCAAUGAGGGGCUACAUUGAUAUUGUCAAAUUUUUACACUUUAACCGAACUGAAGGAUGCACGCAAACGGCCAUUGAGAAUGCAUGUAAAUAUGGAAGACUGGAAACAGCAGAAUUUCUAAUCAAUGUUAGAAAAGAGAAAUGCAAUGAAAAAUCACUUAGUAGAUUUCUUUUGUAUAAUCACUAUGAUAUUGUCAAGUUGAUUCUCCCUCUUUUCGUAGACAUUCCCACGGCAAUACAAUCCAUUGAAAUUGCCAUUAAAAGAUUGAAAUAUCAAAAACGGUGGUCAAGAGAGCCAACCACGAAAAAAUCCUCUCAUGAAUCUUAUAGACCUGUUCAAGUCACCAACAAAAAGACAAUAAUAAUAAAACAAAGAAAUAAGAUCAAUGAAUCAAUGUGUGAUAGUAAUAGUAGUACUAUCUCUUCACCACUAUCACCAUCAUCAACAUGUUCAUCAUCAACAACUAUACCAACAAAAGAAGAAGAAGAAGAUAGAAGAAGAUGUUAUUUACAAUUUGGAAAUAUACCAAAUAGAAUAUGUCUAAAGAUUGUCAACCUACUCGAGAAUGAUAUAGAUCUUGUGUGCUUGUUGUUGACAUGCAAACAGUUCUACUAUGGAUUUAGACAACUCUAUGCCAACAGUCUUUACUUUAAAAGUAUAGAUUAUGUACAACAACCAUUGUUUGACGAUAUUGUCUAUGAUUACACUCGAUUCUCAAUGACUGCGUUCUACAUGCGUUCUUUCAAAUCGAUCUUUUACAACUCUCUUGGUGGCCAGUUGGUCUAUACUCGUGACACUACCGAUCCAAUCUACUUGAACCAAAAUCAAAUGAAUCAAUCUGGUGAACAACAAAUCGAGACAGUUGGUAUAUCAAGGUGCAGUAGUAAUAUCACACCAGAAUCAAUACCUCAAUCAACCAAAUAUCUUUAUUUUGAAGAUUCGAGUGCUGUCAACGUUGAUGCUCGUUGGAUCCCAUCUCAAGUAAAGACACUUUGUUUAGAGUCACAACAAAUGUCUAGUGGUGGUGGAGGUGGAGGUAUAGUGUUACCAGACUCACUCAAACGUCUAGUCAUGUGUUUACAAGAUCUACCAAAUGUCAGCCUCCCAAAAUCACUCGCUAAACUGACUCUGACAAAUCGAACCAAUCAAGAUACACCCAUCACUCUCGACUACUGUUUCAAAGAUCUCACCGAAUUGGUUAAACUAACUAUAUUUGGUGUACACUUUAACACUUCGCUUACACCACCCGUCAACUGGCGGUUACCCUCUGCUCUGACAACUCUCAACAUUUCAUUGGACGAUGCCCCACCAUUUGAAUUCCCACCAUCUCUAGUCACGCUCUACCUCACCCUUGAAAAUACGACUGCAUGUACACUCUCACUUGGGUAUCUUUCAAUGCUUAAAACACUCGAUAUUCGCUCCAUACUUUCCAUGCCAGUGUCAGUGUCUGUCUAUCCCCCCAAUCUCGUCUCUUUCAGUCUCCAAGCCACUUCACCAACACCAUUGACACCAUUCCCAUCGACUAUGACCAAACUGGAUACACUCUAUUGUAAUGUGCGUGAUCUAAAUGGACUGGCAUCGUCGUCGUUACCAGAAACACUGACAGAUAUCUCAUUGGUUGAAAUUGGUGAGUGUUUCCGUACUGGUAUAUUACCAUUAUCAACCACCACUCUAUUACUCUCGUUUGAAGAAUAUUUUAGAGUUAUGGAAGGAUCAAUUCCAAACAAUUUCCUCGAUACUAGAGUUACCCAUCACCUCACUCGCACUAAACUUGAUACCGACCGAGACCGACGGCAUACCUCUCCUCUCACUCAAAUCAAAGGGCGUUCCCUUGCCAGACAAUUUGACAAUGGUAGUAUUUUAAUGUUGGAAAAGAAUUCUCUUUUUGGUGGAUUUAUCAAUGGUAAUAGUGAUAAAAGCACUUUCAACAUUUCUAUACUUCUUUGUCCCUUUUAUAUAGAACAACAACAAUAA